AACCGCACUUCAGCUGUGAAGGCGAGGCUACUAAGAACAGGAAGCUAUAUUGGUGUUAUAUGACAUACACAACAGAAAAACCAACAUGGAGGCCACCGGAAAGACGACGAGAAUUGUUCUUUUUGGAGUUUGCUCUGCGUGUGCAGCUCUUGCAAUAACAUUUGGUCUUUAUUAUCUAAGAGAAUACAAGGGAAAGAAGAAGAAAGGAAGUAUCACAGAUGUUUUUGAAUCGUUGCACAAACUGCGCGAAGAUGACAGUGGUAGUUCCUUCGUGAUAAAACAAGAGUUGGCGGAAAUACUAAAUGAGAACGGACACGGCGAGUUUACCAAAGGAACGAUGGCUUCGUUACUAGAGCUUCUUGAAAAAGUAGAGGAUCAUAUGUUAGAGAAGCUUCUUGUUGCGCUUCUGAACUGCUCAGCGUUCACAACAAACCAGAACAUAAUUCGGGAGUGUGGAGGUCUUUCACGCCUUGUGACCCUUUUAACUCACCCUAAGAAGACCAUCAUCAUCAAGGCUGUACAAGUGUUGUCCAACUUGGCCAUGAAUGAAAAAAAUCAAGCUUGUUUAAAGGACAGCGUCUUUGAAAUUAUAAAGAACCUUGAAUACUGUGAUGUUCUUGAUGAUGAUGAUGUGAUCACUGAGCAUUUAAAACUAAUGGUCAAUUUGUCUGUGACAAAUACGGCACAUGAAGAGAUCAUGACAGGAGCGCAAGCAUUUUUCGAUAUCCUCUGCCAUUCUCACUCAGAAAAAAUUCAGAAAGAAGUUUUGAGACUGUUGGUGAACUUGUCUUGUAACACAAAUAAUCUGGAAGGGUUACUGGGAUUAAAGCCAUUGCUGAUUUUGCAGACAUUUAUGCUCGCAGACAACCAAGAUGACAUUGUUCUUAGAGCUGUAACAAUUGUGGCCAACUUACUUUCCAGCCCAGAUGGUUACACAGAGCAACAACAAGCUGUCAUCACGGAGCAUCUAAAUGUACUGUAUGGAGAACUAAUGCGACUUUUAGAUCACACUGAUGAGAACAUUCAGUCACAAGCCAAGAGAGCACUUAGAAGUAUAUUUGCUUUCAGAAUGAUGUACACAACAUGACAGAUACAAGGAUUUAAGUUUGGCUGGCUUAAAAUCAUGAGAUGAAAAGAAGAAAAUAUUAUUAAAAUUGCAUUUAUUUA